CUCUCUCUCUCUCUCACCGUGUCUCCCAUCUCCCGUUAGACUCGUUUCCUCACUCUUGCCCACAUACUGAAACCCCAGUAGCCCCAAUACUCUUUCUCUCUCUCUCUCUCUCUCGCUCGCUCGCUCGCUCACAAAUGCAAGACAUAUUUGGAUCAGUCCGCCGAUCACUGGUAUUUCGUACAGCCUCACCAGACAAUGAAGAAUCACCUUCAUCAUCACCAUCCCCUUUGGCUCCAACCACUCUGGUCGACAAGAUCAAUUCUUGCAUUCGCAAAUCCAGAGUCUUCGCCAGACCGUCUCCGCCACCGCCACCGAUCCGAUGGCGGAAGGGCGAGUUGAUUGGCUGCGGCGCGUUCGGGCACGUCUACAUGGGCAUGAAUCUUGAUUCCGGAGAGCUCCUAGCGGUGAAACAGGUUCUGAUUGCAGCAAAUACUGCUUCAAAGGAGAAAGCUCAGGCUCACAUCAGGGAGCUCGAGGAGGAAGUGAAGCUACUUAAAAAUCUCUCUCAUCCAAACAUUGUUAGAUAUUUGGGUACAGUGAGGGAGGAGGAAACCUUGAAUAUUCUGUUGGAAUUUGUGCCGGGUGGAUCAAUAUCUUCACUUCUAGGGAAAUUCGGAUCUUUCCCUGAGGCUGUUAUGAGAACAUACACCAAGCAGUUGUUAUUAGGACUGGAGUAUUUACACAAAAAUGGAAUCAUGCACAGGGACAUCAAGGGGGCAAAUAUUCUUGUAGAUAAUAAAGGAUGCAUUAAACUUGCAGAUUUUGGUGCAUCGAAGCAGGUUGUUGAGCUGGCUACUAUUUCAGGCGCCAAGUCUAUGAAGGGUACUCCAUAUUGGAUGGCUCCUGAAGUCAUUCUCCAGACUGGGCAUAGCUUCUCUGCUGAUAUAUGGAGUGUUGGAUGUACUGUAAUUGAGAUGGCUACUGGGAAGCCUCCUUGGAGCCAACAGUACCAAGAGGUUGCUGCUCUCUUCUACAUAGGGACAACCAAGUCUCAUCCGCCAAUCCCUGAACAUCUCUCCGUUGAAGCAAAAGAUUUUCUGCUGAAAUGCUUGCAAAAGGAACCAAAUUCGAGGCCUACUGCAUCUGAGUUGCUCCAGCAUCCCUUUGUUACUGGCGAACAAGUGGAAUCUCAUCCACUUUUUUGUACUUCUGUCACGGAAAAUUCUAAAACCCCUUCCCCGUCAAGUGCCACAGGCCUGGAAGCGUCUAAACUGUCAACCUGCCCUGGCUCAACAGAUCUUUGUAAUUUGGAUAGUCUGGAAUGCUCAGCUGAAUACCCUGAGAAGUCCCCAGAAAAUAAACGUAUUUGGGGAAUGAACAACAGUGAUGAUGAGAUGUGUCAGAUUGACAAAGAUGAUUUUACGGUGGGGGAAAUAAAUCCUUGUUCUUCUCUAAUUCCUGGGAACUUUAAGAGUUUUAACCCCAUGUGUGAGCCCUCUGAUGACUGGCACAAAUUGGAUGAAAGUCUGGCACCGGAACACAGAGGUACAAGUUCAGACGCUGAUGAACAAAUUUCUGAGCCUGCUGCCCACUCUGGAGCUUUCGGUGCAGGGGAGAAAGAUUUUUCGUUUCCUUGCAGACCGUCACUUUCAGAGGAUGAUGAUGAACUUACUGAGUCAAAAAUUACAGCCUUUUUGGAUGAGAAGGCUCUUGAACUGACGAAACUGCAAACGCCUUUGUAUGAAGAGUUUCUCAACAGUUUUCCAGCUUGCUCACAGAGUUUCGUGGAGAGCACACGUGAUGAAACUACCCCAAAGUACUUGAAAUUACCCCCAAAAAGCAGGUCACCAAGUCGAGGUCCAACUGGUGGUCCAUCUCCAGCAUUUGAUGCUCUUAAUACUGGAAGCCCAGGAAGUAAUAGCAAGUGUGUGUCAAAUAUUGGCAGUGCAAGUGAUCAAAGUUCACAGGACGUCCAUUCACCUCCGCUUAAAAAUCGUCUAGUUGAUGCUCAGCAGGAGCCAAGUAGCCCAAGUAUGAGCUUUUCGGAGAGACAGAGGAAGUGGAAAGAAGAACUUGACCAAGAACUUGAGAGAAAGCGAGAGAUGAUGCGCCAAGCAGGUGUGGGAGGGAAAACAUCGUCUCCAAAGGAUCGAGCUUUGAAUCGGCAGCGUACAAGGUUUGCAUCCCCAGACAAAUAAGUUUGUUUCAGAGUGUUCAUGCUGGCUCUUGAGAAUUGAGUUUUCCCAUCAGGAGUUGUGAACACAAGAGCUUUAGUUUUGGCUCUGUGGUAAGUAAUACUUGGCAUGGCCAAUUUGCAAGCUCCGAAGGAAUACAGCAAUGACGCAUCUCACAUACUAUCCAAUUUCCCAUUGUUCAUACUGUGAAUGUGUCCAUGUAUGAGAGGCCUGGCUUGUGAAUGUUAUUGUGCUAUAUAAAGCAUUGUUGAUGUUUGGCGAUAAU